UUUGGAUUGGGUUCGUUCCAUGAACAACAGGCCUUUUGGUUGUGGGUCUGAUCUAAAGCAAAUUUUCCUACUAAAAGAUUCCCAGAAUAAUAACAGUAGAUGCGGAAGCUAACACAAACACAAACACUGAUCACUUUCUGGACUCUUCUCCUUUCCUCGAAUCCCCGUCUCCUUUCCCUGAAGAAACCACCAACGCCAUCACUCUCUCAAAAUCACCCUCUACACGAACAAAUAUAGUAUUAAAAUAAUUUUCAACGGCAAGUAUAACAAAUAUCUUUGCACCCAGAAGAAUAAUAAAACCCUUUGUAAUCGUUCGCCGUGCACCCAGAUAAACCCAAUCUAGCUCUACCACUACGCGUGCUACGCGUAUCAGUUUCUAUCGCCUGCCGACAAUGUCAGUCUCCGGAGGGGUCUCGAUUGCCCGGAACCGCGGCGAGAACCGGUUCUACAAUCCCCCACACGUGCGACAGCGGCAACAGCAGCAACAACGACAACAAGUACAGCAGCAGCAGGAGGAAGAGAAGCAACGGAGACCGUCGACUUGUUCUUCUUCAGUGGAGUCGGAGAAGAGGGCUGGGUCCGAUGAGUGCGCGUCCUUGUCUUCUUCGACGACCACCACGAAGUCCGAUUGUUCGGUUUCUGGGUUGGGGUCGGGUUUGGGAGCGAGCGACGUGCCGAAUUUGGAUCGGUUCUUGGAGCACACGACUCCGGCGGUGCCCGCUCAGUAUUUUCCUAAGACAAGCAUGAAGGACUGGAGGACUCGUGAGCUGGAGUUGCAUCCAUACUUCGUGCUCGGCGAUCUGUGGGAAUCCUUUAGGGAGUGGAGCGCAUAUGGAGCAGGUGUACCUCUUUUGUUGAAUGGGAGUGACUCUGUCGUCCAGUAUUAUGUACCAUACUUGUCUGGCAUUCAGCUGUAUAUAGACCCAUCAAAGCCCUCUCCAAGGCUGAGGAGGCCUGGUGAGGAGAGUGAUUCCAUGUCAUCCAGGGAGUCAAGUAGUGACAGCAGCAGUGACUGUGGAGCAGAAAGAGGAGCCAAUGGUGUUGUUCAUGGCGCUUGGAAUCAGCAGAACAUUACAGAAGCAAAUAUCCAGGGCUUAAAAAGAGUUUCACUGAGAAAUAAAACCUCGGGUUCAUCAAGUGACGAAAUCCAGAAUUGCAACCCUUCAGGUCAGCUUGUGUUCCAAUACUUGGAGCAUGAUCCACCAUUUAGUCGUGAACCUUUGGCUGAUAAGAUUUCAGUUCUUGCAUCUCGGUUUCCAGAGCUGAGGACAUACAAGAGCUCUGAUCUAUCACCUUCAAGUUGGAUUUCUGUGGCAUGGUAUCCAAUAUACAGGAUACCCACAGGUCCAACACUGGAGAACCUGGAUGCCUGCUUCUUGACCUUUCAUUCUUUGUCGACUCCCUUCAAAACAGUUACAAGCUCUGAUGGGCUGCAUUAUCGUGGUUCAAGGCCAAAGGAGGUUCACAGUGCCGACUUGUCGGUUAAGCUUUCGUUGCCUAUCUUCGGCCUUGCUUACUACAAGUUCAAAGUUUCUGUUUGGAAUCCCAAUGGAGCUUAUGAAUGUCAGAAAUCCAAUUCUCUAUUGCGAGCUGCUGACAACUGGCUCAGGCUAUUGCAAGUCAAUCAUCCAGAUUACAGUUUCUUUGUGUCCCACAACUCAAACUGGAGGUAAGAGGGAUCUUCAACUAACUCAUGUCUAAUCUGAAAAUGCAAGAGAAUUAACCUCAAAUGGCAGAACAGAUUGUUGAUCGGAUAUUUAGUGCAUUCAAAUUCUAGCAUUACUUGGCUCCUUUUUCUGUCUAGUCGAAGAAGUGCCAAAUAAUACUCUGGUUAUGGGAUUUAUUUUUGUGAAAGGCUUGGUAUGAUAUAAUCCUUAAGGAAAUGGCUGUUCUGUACGGGGAGUGUGUCUCAUGAUGGAUAUUUACAGACGUGAAUCGUUAUAUGAGGUAUUCUGAUGAUAAUCCAUAUUUGAGUAGUUUUGUCUUGUGGGGAGUUGGCUUAAAAUGGCCUGAAAAUGACAGUUACUACGGACUUUUUAAUUAAUUUGUCAGAUGAUAAUGAAAAGUUUAGUUCUUCUGUAUAUAUAGAUCUUGCCUCACUACAUACUUUUUGUGGCAAUAGUUUCCGGGAUAUGAGCAUCUUUUAUAAAAACAUCAAUGUGGUUUGGAGCUGUGUUAUUUGAUUCGAUUUUGUUACAUGUGAA